AUGACGAGCUCCCCGAGCACGCCAUCGCGCGAUGACGCGCACGCGGGCGCACGCGCACACGACGUCGUCACACCCCAUCGUGGCUCGCGCGCGUUCGAAUCGAGCGACAGCGAAGCGGAAUCUUUGGAUGACGAAACGCUUAGGCAAUUCACCGAUGUUUCAAUGUUCCACCAAAACACGGGCACGACGGACGAUCCCGACGGAACGUCGGACAGCGUCGGGGACUCCUUGAGCGCGAUCGAUCGGGAAAACGCGUUGUUCGACGUCGUGGUACGAAUGCGCACCGGGUUGAGCGACGGGAAGCAUCGAAGGAGGUUCACAAAGCAUAAGAAUUGUUUCACGGGACGGCAGGCGGUGCAGUGGAUGGUGUCGUCGCGCACGGUGAGGGACGCAGAGGAGGCGGUGAAACUGGGGAACGAUCUCAUGGCGGCAAAGCUUAUAGUGGGGGUGACGAAGAGCGGGCGGGCGAAGUUUGAGAAGCGUUCGCACUUGUACGCCUAUCACUUGGGGGUGGCGCCGGGAAUAUCCGCGGCAAAGUAUUACGUUUCGACCGAGAUGAUGUCGGUGGAGGCGAAGCUUAAAAUGGUGAAGAGAGUAGUCGAUGGACAUACCUCGAUCGUCGAGGCGCUUUCAAGAGAGCACGCGGGGACGAUGGAGAACGUCGAGCGGUUGAUUGCGACGCUCAAGCUCGAGUUGAGCGUCCUGCGCGCAGCAGUCAUCGCGCUCGUCGUGUACUCGCUCAUGCCGUUGUUCCACAGGGACGCAGCGGCGAUUGCGUCGGUAGCGGGCGUGGGGAUGGAGUAUCUCAGCACGCUGAUCGUCGUGAUCGCGGGUGUCGCCGUGGUUGCUUCCAGUCUCUUGAGCAUCAGUCACUUUGAUCUGUCAAUACGAACUAUGUUUGAGGCGAAAGAAGGAGCGAAGGAACUCGGAGAUGAUUUCGAUGAAAAGCCGCAAGCUAGGAAAAGGAUUUCGCUGAAGGAAUUGCCCGAUAACUAUACAGCUCAGCGCACCCCGUCGACAUUCUUGCAAGCUUCUGCACAGACACUUCAGCGUACGGCGUCCAGGCUGAUGCACUUGCAGUCGAAGAAGAAAUUGCGCCCAGAGGAAAGGGCGGGACCACCGCCUUCGAUCCCGCCCGAGUUAUGGGUAGACGCGCCGUGCGCGCUGCGUUUCUCCCCAGAGGAUGCACACAAGAUCGUUCAAGAGGACCAACUUCCCGACAACAUGGUGAGGGCGCAGGUACCGUUUGAGAUUGACUCAGAGAUUUUCAAGGGACGAAUGAUCGUUUUCAUUAAGGGCCUGGAUAACACUCCGAAGCACAUUUUCGCUGGAAAAGCGCGUACGAUUCAACUCGCGAUUCAAGGGAAAUUCAAACGCGAAGUUGCGAUGGAUGAGUGCGUCAUCGGUCAGGCGCUUACGAAACCACUGAUAAAUCUCCCAUCAAGAUGGCUGCUUGCGCUGUGCGUUCGUGUCGUCAGAGGCUACGGUGAGAACUGGGGCAUCGAUUUGUCUAUGCCGACGGACGAUAAUCCGUACAUGCUUGCUCCCAUGGCGCUCGCGGCGCAAGCAAUGAGUUGCGAAUACGAGGGCGAUGUGCAAGACAUAGAAGGGGCCAUAAUCGAAAACGUCGACACGAGGGCCGACAUUUUCGCCCCUGGCACUACGCCGCGCCAGCGCCAGAAGACGUUGAAGGGUCUCCUGCGAAAGGCCAGGAAAGGUGAGGGUGAGAUGCCCAAGUUUGACACGGAACGCGUGUGGACUUUCGGCUUCUGGCAGUCUCAAAUCAACUUCUUGACGUACAGAAUAGAUUUAGGCGUCGGCGUCUUCAAUCUGCUGAAAGUGAUGAAUGGGCAGCCGUUGUGCUUUUGUUCCUCUCUGCGAAGUGGCGAGAUUUUGUUCAGGCUAGAAGUCUGGCAUCGCGAACUCCUUGAAGCUGCACGGGUUGCGCAUGAGAAAGAAAGGAACAGGCGUUCGAGAACUUCACUCGAGAAGUCGCUCGAUUCGUUUGCUUUCUCACAGAGCGCUGAACGAGAGGCUGGUGCAUAA